UGUAGUGUGUUGUGUCCCCACAGCCACCCCAGCACCCAGUGAGCGUGGGGACGGGAUGGGGCCCCCCCCGGACAGGGACGAGGGUGACAACAGGGACGAGAAGGACAAAGGGCCCGACAAGGUGGAGGCUGAGCCGCCCGCCCCCGAAGCCCCCCCAUCCCCGGGCAACGGCAUCGAGGCCGAAGGGCCGAGGAAGAGUGAGGAGGAGGAGGGACCAGGGGACAGGGAGCCCGAGGCCGAAGGGCCCCCACCCCGCGAUGAGCACGACCGAGCAGGCACUGAGGUCGAUAAAACCCCCGGGGGGGAAAAGGGUGACGAGAAACCCCCCGAGGAGGAGCCCAAAGAGCGGCCGGGAGACCCCGACCCCAAAAGAGAGGAGGUGAAGGCUGAGAAGGAGCCCAAAGCGGAACCACGCGCCAACGGCCGCAGGGAGGAACGGGCUGAGAAACCGCGGUUCAUGUUCAACAUCGCCGACGGGGGCUUCACGGAGCUGCACACGCUGUGGCAGAAUGAGGAAAGAGCUGCCAUCUCCUCCAGCAAGAUCUAUGACAUCUGGCACCGCAGACAUGACUACUGGCUGCUGGCAGGGAUUGUCCUGUAUCCUUAUGGCACAUAGAACAUGGGGGGGACAGACCCCAUAGAGACCCCAUAGAGACCCCAUAAAGGCCCCAUAGAGACCCCAUAGAGACCCCAUAAAACCCCCCCCAAUACCAUGAUGCUGCUGGCCGGCAUUGUCCUCCACGGCUACGCGCGCUGGACGGACAUCCAGAACGACGGCGCCUUCGGGGUCAUCAACGAACCCUUCAAGGGGGAGGCGUCCAAAGGGAACUACCUUGAGAUGAAGAACAAGUUCCUCGCACGGAGGUUCAAGCUUCUGGAGCAAGCCCUGGUGAUCGAGGAGCAGCUCCGUCGCGCCGCCUACCUGAACAUGACGCAGGAUCCCAGCCACCCGGCCAUGGCUCUGAACACACGUUUUGCAGAGGUGGAGUGCCUGGCCGAGAGUCACCAGCAUCUAUCCAAGGAGUCAAUGGCUGGGAAUAAGCCUGCCAACGCCGUCCUGCAUAAGGGUAAGAGGCGGCUGGGCCGACGGCCGCGGCGCGGACGCCCCGUGUAGCUCCCGGCUCCCGUCUGUAUCGUGCGCUUCUUCAAACGCCUCUUUGGUUCCAUUAAAGUGGGGUUCUUUUGCUCCCAA